AUGAUCACGUCGAAUCCAUCCCAACCAAGCAACCCAUAUUGGGUCUCAUCCAUCAAAUCGAGCACCACCUACCAUCUCCCCAGCACACCUAUCCAACACCCCCAAAACCACCACAACAUGAAAUCCCCAAAUUCCAACCCCCCACCCGCCUCCCAGCCCCGAUCAUCUCCAUCUGCAUCUCCAUCUUCGUCCCCGUCCCUCGCCCAAACCCUAACCUCUCUCUCCACCCCGCUCACCCCCCUCGUCCAUAUCCUCACCGGCAUCCCGCACCCCGAAUUCCCCAGCUGCAUACUUUCAUUUCACCUGCUCACCUCGCCCCAAUUAGAUCGGUUGGCGGUGUACUACCAUCAAGUGUGGCCGCCGACGCCGCAGACGGGGCUUUAUCCGGUUGUCAUGCGGGCUUGGGUCGGGUGGGUGUACGGGGAUGGGGAGGGCGAGGCGGAUAUUGGGAUUGAGGAGAAGAGAAAGAGGUUCGGCUGGUUCAUCGGGCUCUAUGAGGCGAAGGGCAUAUGUUUGGGGGGUGGGACUAGAGGAGAAGGAGGAGGAGGAGGAUGCGAUGGACCUUGA